UUAAGUUAAAAACCUCUAUCCGGUGUUGACUAUAUAGGAACAGGUGCUUUCCUUCUCCGGAAGAUAUUCAGUAUUGUCUCCCGCGCCCUAACAACAUGACAGAGUUGUACGUCCACAACCUAAUGAACGGGCUUUACGAUGAUACUGAAGUUUCAGAGGUAAAGACUUCAGACGAGAAGAAGCUGCCAAUUCAGGAUUAUUUCCUUACAUCUGUUUUGGUAGCAUGUCUGUGUUUCUACAUGCCGACGGGGCUGUUAGCGGUCAAAUACGCUACAAAGGCCAGGAGUUCUUUACGUGAGGGACUGGAAGAAGAGGCUGAGAGGUACUCUCGGAAGUCCUUAGUGCUGAUCCUUACCACACUUCUUACCUUACCAGUCUUACUUAUUACGGCGAAGGUCACGUAAAAUUAGGAUCCGCUCCUUUGUUUGACAGUUUAAUUUAUGGACAAUUAAAUCACUUUUGAUUGCCAUUAAACAUAUUCUCGGAAACUCAUGGUAACAGAGACAGGUACAGUCUUUAAGGUUGAAGUUCCGGACGAUGAAGUGACGAAUACUGAUCUACAAUCAGAACUGAAUGAAGAGUCGGUCUUUAGUGUCAAAAACGUUAUUUUUUUUCAAUUUUUAUGUGUUUUGUAGCUUUUUAUUGCUUUGAACAUAUUUAAUUGAAUAAAUUAUAGUAUUCGAAACACGU